AGGAUAUUACACAUUAGCUGGGCUCGUGCAGUUGCAGCGGCUUCCUCCGGAUAAAUCUCACCGGUUCCCCUCGCUGGCUGUCCCCCAUCAUGUUCAGAGCUGCCGUCCGACUGUCGGUCUCCGGUGCUCGGAGUUUAACUCGCACACAGCCAAGGUGCCAAGCUCCUCUGGCAUCAAGGUGUUACUCCCACGGGAAGCAGGAGACGGAUGAAGAGUUUGAUGCCCGCUGGGUGACAUACUUCAACAAGCCUGACAUCGAUGCAUGGGAGCUGAGAAAAGGGAUGAACACGCUGAUUGGGUAUGACCUUGUACCAGAACCAAAGAUCCUUGAGGCCGCGCUGAAGGCCUGCCGGAGAUUAAACGACUUGGCCAGCGCCAUCCGUAUCUUGGAGGCAGUAAAGGACAAGGCUGGGCCUCAUAAAGACAUCUACCCGUACGUGAUCCAGGAGCUUCAACCCACACUAAAAGAGCUUGGCAUCUCUACACCUGAGGAACUUGGACUUGAUAAAAUCUAAAUCAAUCUAAAGAUGGACGUGCCCAGGACAUAGAGCUCUUUAUUUAAAAAUUUGCCUCAAGUACGUUUGAAUCAAAUUUGGCCUUUAUUAGGUUGUUUUGCUUG